AUGGUUCUCACGAGCAAUGAGAAGCGCGCCUUUCUCAGACAACAGUGCCGUGAGGCACUGGCAGCCCAUAUAUAUGACCGACUUGGCCUAGUCGUCGCUCCCAGCCAAGUCCGUCUACAGCCAUCGGCUGGGGAUGGAUACGCUUGGUCGGUGACGGAAUCCAAGAAGAGCCUGUUGCAGUCAAAUCUGGGCAGUGGAAAUGUCGGCAUGUACAGAUCCAUUUGCGAAGAACUAGGCCGGUCCCUUGAGGCAGUUACUCCGCAGACGCUGCAGAUUGCCCAGCUAGAAAGGGACGGCAUCCCAAGAGAAGAGUCGGGGCCAGUCCGUGGUGAAGAGGAGGACAGCGGCUCUUUCACGGCAAAGAUUCGCGAGCUGGAUUGCGCCAAUCUGAAAAUGAAGAACGAGCUCGACCACACCAACAUCCGACUCCAAGAUUCUCUCGGCGAGAAUCGCACUUUACAAGCAAAACUCGGUCGGCUUCAGGACGAGCUCGACCACACCAGCAUCCGACUCCAAGAGUCCCUCGACGAGAAUCGCACAUUACACGCAAAACUUUGUCGGCUUCAGGACGAGAUGGAUCAUAGUUCAUCGCGAGCGACUCGCUUCGAAGACGAGCUGGUUCGUGUCACAAGUGGGAUUACUAAGGCUAUGCAGGUUUUGCAGGACCAUCAAACCCAGGAGGAGAGCUGCCGACUUUGCAUGGAAACAAAUUGUUGUAAUUCAAAGGUGUGA